AUGAUAAACGAAGAGAUAUCUACAAUCUUUGUCGUCGGCUUUCCUGACGAUAUGCAAGAACGAGAAUUCCAAAAUAUGUUCAUCUUUUCUCCUGGCUUUGAAGCUGCUACUUUGAAGAUUCCGCAAAAGGAUUCGUCAGAUGAUGAUGGACCUGCAAAUGGUAACGGCAUUGGAAACGGUAAUGGCAAUGGAAUUGUUAAUGGUAGCAAUGCAAGGAAACAAAUUAUUGGGUUUGCAAAAUUCCGUACUAAGCUUGAAGCUCUUGAAGCUCGUGACAUUCUUAGCGGAAGAAAGGUUGAUGCUGAAAAGGGGUCGGUUCUCAAAGCCGAAAUGGCAAAGAAAAAUUUGCAUACUAAACGUGGCCUUUCUAACGAUCAAAAUGCUCCUGCUUAUCCUCUUAUAUCACCAACUAAACGUUUUCCAACUCCUAAUAAUAUCAAUACUGCUAAUGCUACUUAUGAGGCCUUCUACUCUGUUCCUCCUCCCCUUGCGCCUCCUCAAUUACCGAGUGACCUUCUUUCUCCUCAAGAUUAUGGCUACGAUUUUUAUUCUGAUGUGAGUGUAUAUACUCCUACAACGCCUACAACCCCUGUGUUCCCUGAUCAAACUCCUUUCUCUUCUUCAACUCGUGGUUCUUUUGAUGCUGCAAAUGGUUUGGUUGGUGCUCCUUCGCGUCCUCGAUAUAUUACUAAUAAUAAUACUAAAGGAAUCUUUGAUGAUGAUAUUAACUACCUUUCAAAAUCUAACCCUGUUGAAAUUGUUUCUAAAACUGCAAAGACCCCAACAAAUGGCUUUAACUCUGCUUUACUUGUAAAUGAUGACUUGCCAUUAGCAAUGUCUCAUUUAACAAUUAAUACUUCUGCUGUUCCUCCAUCUGUCGUCUCUUCUUCUCCAUCAAUCUCUUCUCCUGGUUUUCGUCCUCCAAAUCCUGCUGAUCAAAAUCCUCCAUGUAAUACUCUUUACGUUGGAAACUUGCCAAUGAAUACCUCCGAAGAUGAACUUAAACAAUUGUUCUCUCGUUGUCCUGGAUAUAAACGUAUGUGUUUUCGAACUAAACAAAAUGGUCCUAUGUGCUUUGUUGAAUUCGAAGAUGUACAUUAUGCCACUCAGGCAAUGAAUGAACUUUACGGUAAUCCUCUCAGCAAUUCCGUAAAAGGUGGAAUUCGUUUAAGUUUCUCGAAGAACCCAUUAGGCGUACGUAGUAGCAAUAAUAGCAAUGGACUUAAUGGUUUCAAUGGUGAGAGACGAGGUUCUACAUACAGCUUAACCGAUCGUAGAGACUCUACUUUUAGUUUGGAACGUCGAGAUAGCACAUUCAGUCUAACUGAUCGCAGGGAUUCUUUUAGCUUGGACAGACGUGAUUCUACCUUUAGCUUUGGAAGCAGUUCAGGUCCUACUUUUACCCAUCCCGAACGAUUUAACUUAGAUCGUAGAGAUUCUUUUUUAGGGUCUGAAAGAAGGGAUUCUUUAAGGGAUCCCUUUUUCCCAUCCGAACGAAGGGAUUCCUUUUCAUUCGAUCCUCAAUUGGCAUGA